AUGGCACCUAGCUACGACGCGACGGCAACGGCCAGUGGCCUAGUCACUGACUUUGCGUCUGCAAUCAAGGAUAAAGUUGUGCUGACCACGGGUGUAUCCUCGGGCAGUCUUGGCGCCCUCUUUGUUGAAGCCAUAGCCAAAGCUCAGCCAGCUCUGCUCAUCUUGGCGUCUCGCAGCCCGGCCAAGAUAGAAAAGACAGCAGCGUCAAUCCAAGCCGACAAUCCAGAUGUCCGUAUUCGUAUUCUCGAGCUAGAUCUUGGCUCCUUGCUCGCUGUGAGAAAGUCGGCUGAAACUGUCAAUUCGUGGCAAGAUGUACCGUCCAUUGAUGUGCUGGUCAAUAAUGCUGGCAUCAUGGCUGUCGAUUACAAGCUGACGGCCGAGGGCAUUGAGAGCCAGUUUGCAACCAAUCAUGUUGGCCACUUUUUGUUUGCCAAUUUGAUCAUGGAGAAGCUUCUGGCUGCAAACUCGCCGCGCGUGGUCAAUGUAAGUAGCGACGGCCAUCGCGCCAGCGCCAUCCGAUUUGCCGACUACAAUUUCGAUAAUGGAAAAACAUACAACAAAUGGGUGGCCUAUGGACAAUCAAAAACGGCCAACAUCCUCUUCUCUCUGUCUUUGGCUGAGAAGCUAGGCAAGCGUGGCCUGCAAUCGUACAGUCUUCAUCCCGGCGUCAUCAAUACCAAUUUGGGUACACACAUUGAUUGGAAUGAGGAUAUACAUGGUCUGUUGGCUCUCGAUCGUUCUCUUGGAAAUGCCGAGGGCUGGGGGACGGAUUUUAAGUGGAAGACGCCGGAUCAAGGUGCCGCCACUCAUGUUUUCGCGGCCUUUGCGACAACUCUGAAAGAGAACAAUGGCAGCUACUUGGAGAAUUCUCAUAUUGCCGACCCUUGGGUUGACACGGUGAAGCCGUGGGCGACAAGUCCGAUUGAGGCCGAGCGCCUAUGGAAACUCAGCGAGAAGCUAGUCGGGCAAGAGUUUCCGUACUAA